UUACGGAGAUAUACAAUUACAGUUUGUAGAAGAGAGCGGCGCAAAAGAGCAACUCUCACUCUGUCUCAUCUCAUCUCAUUUCUCUCUCUCUCUCUCCCUCUCUCUCGCUCUCUUUCUCCCGUGCGCAUCACUCGCGCUAUUCAGCGAGAUACAGAACUAUUCAACAUUGUGCGUACAAGGCCAGCGCUUUCUCUUUCACCAGGGAAAAGGAGCUCAAUUUUCACUCAUUUGCGGAGCAGUCUGAGCCGUGGAGUUGAGGUUUGAGCAGAGACUUCCGGGCGAUGGCCCAAUAGUGUUUCCAGUGAUGCCGGACCAUGACAGCGAGUCCUUCCUGAAUAGACAGACAAAGAGACGACGUGUGGACAUCGGGGUCAAAAGAACCGUGGGCUCGACAGCAGUCACACUUACCCCAGCAGCCUGCACAGAAAUCUCCACCUCAAGAGCAGCCAAAUCUAUCGCCAAGUGUGCUGCCAUGAACACCCACCAUCACGGCGGGGAACAGGACCUUCUAGAUUGCCAGGGUGCACCGCCACAGCUAGGGCACGGCGACUCAAAUGAGACCAAAUCUAACGUUCUCCGGAAACUUCUCAAGAGGGCCAACUCGUAUGAGGAUGCGAUGAUGCCCUUCCCUGGAGCCACCAUCAUCUCACAGCUUCUGAAGAACAACAUGGCCAAGAACGGAAGUGGAGGCAGUGAAAGUGGAGGUGCAGGUGAACCAGGGUUCCCUGGGAGUGCCCUCUCCAGCACAGGCUCUGAAGCACCCCAAGAAGACGCCUGUAGCAACUCAUCUCAGGACAGUCCUCAGGAGUGCCUGUCCCCUUUCAGUCGUCCUACCCUGGGACACUUCGACAUGGAGCGUCUUAAUGACGAACACCUCAGGGCCAAGCGGGCUCGUGUAGAGAACAUCAUCCGUGGCAUGAGCCAUUCCCCUAAUGUUGGCAUACCGACAACCCCUAGCACCAGGUCAGGGGAGCGGGAACGUGAACGAGAGGGUGAGGUUGAUGGAGAAGGACCUCGUCACCCUGCAAGUCCACGUGAAAGCUAUAGGGAGAACAAGAGAAAGCAGAAGUUGCCCCAGCAACAGCAGAGCUUCCAACAGCUGGUGUCUGCGCGUAAGGAACAGAAGGUUGAGGAGCGCCGACAACUCAAGUUGCAGUUAGAAGACAUGCAGAAACAACUGCGUCAACUCCAGGAGAAAUUCUUUCAGAUCUACGAUAGCACGGAUUCUGAAGGAAAUGAUCCAGAACACGACGGUGGGAAUUUCUCUGAAGACAGUGCACGGUCUGAUGCAGGGCUCGUAGAUGGAGAUCUUGACGAACCCCCGGCACGAGAUUCCGCAGCUGGCCGUUCUGAUGUUGAGAUGUCAGACCUGGAUCCGGGACAUUUUCUGGAUCGUGCACGGGCCCUGCUUCGGGAACAAGCCCUCAUGGCAGAGGGAGAAAAGCCCAAGAGAGAGGGACCACUUCGUAGCAAAGGACAAGGUCAGGGCCCAACAUCCAUGCAUGCCGAAGGAAAGCAGCUAGCAGAAACUUUGAAGCAGGAGCUGAACUCUGCCAUGUCCCAGGUAGUGGACACAGUGGUGAAGGUUUUUGCCAAACCUCCUCGUCCUCUCCCACAGGCUUUCCCAUCCAUGCAGGUGCCCCAGGACCGCUUUGCUGUCAACGGGGACAACUCAAACUUCCACACAGCCAAUCAGCGGCUGCAGUCCUUUGCUGAUGUCAUCAUUCCCAGCCCUCUGGAAUCUUUUGGGGGAGUCCCGCUGCCCAGUGCCAAUGACCAGACUGAGGCGCUGCCACUAGUGGUCCGGAAAUCCACAUCUGAGCACCACCAGUCCUCAGCCGUUGGUGCUCACGGUGGGCACCACCACCCCUCUCUCCACCCAUCUUCUCUUUCUGCUAACAUGGGCUUCAGCCCUCCAUCAUUCAGGCACCCUUUCCCCCUCCCUCUUAUUGGCUACCCGUUCCAGAGUCCCUUGGGAACACCUUCAGGGGGUUAUCCAGGAAAGGAUAGGGGCUCUCCAGACUCCAUGGACUUCUCAAGGGAGACGACCAGCUUACGGACCAAGAUGUCAUCCAGUUUUCAUCUAGGGCACCAUCGUUCCUGUUCCCCGACCCACCCUGGUAGCACUGCAGAAGGGCCAUCACUCAUCAAGUCUGAGUGUUCUGACCUCCAGGACAUGUCUGACAUCUCACCGUACUCAGGGAGUACAAUUCAGGAAGGGCUUUCUCCCAAUCACCUGAAGAAAGCCAAGCUCAUGUUCUUCUACACCAGGUAUCCCAGCUCCAACAUGCUAAAGAUGUUCUUCUCAGACGUCAAGUUUAACAGGUGCAUCACCUCUCAGCUGAUUAAAUGGUUCAGUAACUUUCGGGAGUUCUACUACAUCCAGAUGGAGAAGUUUGCUCGACAGGCCAUAAACGACGGAGUGACGGGGUCUGAGGAGAUCUUUGUUAGCCGAGACUGCGAGCUUUACCGUGCCCUCAAUAUGCACUACAACAAGGCCAAUGACUUUGAGGUCCCAGAUCGUUUCUUGGAGGUUGCUCAGAUAACAUUGCGGGAAUUUUUCAAUGCCAUCGUGGCUGGAAAAGAUGUGGAUCCCUCCUGGAAAAAAGCCAUCUACAAAGUCAUCUGUAAACUGGACUCCGAAGUCCCCGAGAUUUUUAAAUCUCCCAACUGUUUACAGGAGCUUUUACACGAGUAAAAGAUUAACCCCAAAAACUUGCUUUUUUUGUUGUUGUUUUUGGAAAUAUUAUAUAUAUAAAAAAGAAGUUUUGUCUUUGAUUUUCAUAAUUCUUUCCUGUGUUUUUUUUCUCUUCCCCAUUUUGUAUGUUUGAAGGUAUGAAGUAGCAUUCCAUUAUCUUUGCUUCAGCUAUUCCGGAAAGAUCUAGGUGUUUCGAUUUUAGAUUUUGCUUCCUUUUUUUCUUCUUUGGUUUUCUUCUCUGUUUUGGUUCUUUUUUCUCUCUCUCUGAAACCUGAGGAAACUUUGAUCUGUGUUAUUGUGCUCUGACUACCGCGUUGUUAGAGCUAAUGACACAGACUGAAGAUUUGAUGACCUACAUCAUGAAGUCUCACAGAUUUUGUCAGCUGAAGUUUUGGAGGGUGUGCGUGUGUGUGUGCGUGUGUGUGUGUGUGUGUGUAUGUGUGUGUAUGUGUGUUUCCUUUGGAGAAUAGGGCAUUGCAUUUAUUAGAGUGUAUAGUAAUAUGAUUCUG